AUGAACCCUUUUUACACGAAGAUGGCAAACACUCAAACCACUUCGACAGACCCCCCUACCCCCCAAAAUGCAACCAACGCCUUUCUUUCCUUCGUCCUUGAGAGCUUCUCCCCGAGACCUUGGACUCUUUUCGCCAUAUGGACCCUGUGCAGAGCCGUUCUUCUUGUUGAAUGUAAAUGGCCAAACCAGGAGAAGCCUGCCUGCAAGGAAGAGGACACCAAGCAGAAGUCCCAGGAGGAGACGACGGCCAAUAAGCCGCAAGGAAGACAAGGCAGACGCAGGUGA